CUUCCUAUCUGACACAUGAGGAAUUUGCUACUUUUUCCUCAGUGUUCUGCUGUGUAUUGACAAGGCAAGAAAUCUCAGCCAAAAUGAACUGGAAACAGGUCCUGUUUCUAUCUUUUGCUGCAGCAGUCGUGCUUCUAGCAGUCUCCCAGGUGGCUGAAAGUGCUUCAGUGAGAAGCCGUGAUGAUGGGGCAACUGACAAAAAAGAAAGCUUGAAGAAGAUCUUCAUGCAGGAAUCUGACGCUUCCAACUUCUUCAAAAAACGUGGCAAGAGAUCAACAAAAUCCCAGGAUGAAAUCAAUGCCGAGAACAGGGUGAGAUUGUCCGCAGAUGAGCGCAGGAGAGAGUACUACGAGGAGCAGAGGAAUGAGUUUGAGAACUAUGUGGAGGAAGAACAGGAUGAACAAGAAGAACGCACUCGUCAACAGGUUGAACAGUGGCGCCAAUGGCACUAUGAUGGACUUUCUCCUUCCUACAUUUACCAGCGACAAAACAUUUAAGAGAAUGUAGAAUUAAUGUACAUAAGUUUUCAAACAAAGAAAAUUCUGCCGUAGAAUUCAUAUCUUCAAUUCAGAGCAGCAAUAUCCAAUGAGCACAAGCUGUACUUUCCUUGCCAGGUUUCUAUAUUAUUUGUAGGCUCUUUCUUCUUUCUGUUGUAAAAUUUGUUCUCUCUCUGAAUCUUGCAUGCAGGAAAAAAAAAAAAUGUUUGACAGAUAACAGCUUGCCAGUGCAUCUUCUAUUCAAUAAAACCCGACCCACACACAGCGCAGUUUGAUUGCACAAUCAACUUAGGUUAAACUGAAUUUUGUAUGAAGGAACAGACAUAGCUGUAUGAUGGUAAACCUAUGAUCAUAUCGUAUAUGAGGAUAAGCGGAGUCGUAAAAAUUUGCAUUCACCACAGUUGGAUUGUAGUAUGUGUGCUAUUAUAGUGUGAUGUAUUUAAAAUGGCAGUCAUUGGUUUUAAUCAAACAGAAUCUUUAUGUGUAUAGAGAACUCUUCCGAUCCUUAUUGUUUCAGAAAAAAAUGGAUAAUAACUAAAAUGGUUGAAUCAGUUUGUUUGGCUGCCAUUGCAUAGUAAGCACAGUGUUACUUUUAUUUGUUUUUUUGUAUGGAUGGGAUUGAAAAAAAACCAAAAAAACCCAUAAAGCAGUGUUGUCAUGAAAAGUGAUGUAAUGAGAUGAACAAUUAUAAAUGACACCUGUUUAAGAA